GCUGCUGCUCCCCUUACUGCCUGUCUCCUCUGGUGGCAGCAGCAGCAGCAGCAGCAGCUGAAGUCUCUGUCUGCUGCUUAACCUGAUCAGCCCAGGAUGCGGCUGCUCUGUGACAUCACAGCCAGAUGUUUGGCAGAACCCCACACCCCCACGCACUGGGGUCUGGAAUAAUCUGAAGAGCAGUAACGGACAAGCUUGCUCAGUUCUGCCGUCAGCAUGCAGUCCUGGAAGGGCUGAAGGCUUGUUAUUGUAGACAACCGUCGUUAACUCUGUUCCAAACAACAGGCUGUUCCGGAUGGGUUUUGUGUUGCUUUUCCCUUUCACUGGACAUCAUUUCUCUUGAGAAAGAAAGCAGCUGGGUGUGACCCUUGCUAAGAAAGUACUUCUCUGGUCGCUGCAAGACAAGAAGUGUUGUGUGUGGAGAUCUACAGGUGCAAGGUGGAGGUUUUUUUUUUAAGCGAACACAAAAGGGAAAAUUGCCAUUGACACCAGAAGAGGUGUGAAAAAUGGCAACCGCUGCCUACUUUGCCGCCCAGUGCCUUGUCUCAAUGUCAAGUCGUGUUGUCAUCCACAGCCCCACAGGAGAAUCAGCCCUUCAACCAGCGGUGAUCGCUUCACCGCUCAUCAUCUCAAACCGGGACAAGAAAUGUGAAGGGAAAGACUCUGGAAGAGACAACGGAAGUGGGGCCUCCGUCUAUGCGGUGGCCAGCAUUUUAGCAGACUUAAACCAGCACGUUCCAAAGCCAUCGUCCCCCCAGGUGGAGAAACCAGAGAGCGCCGACAGAGGGGAGAAGCCAAACCUUUCAGUCACCUGUGAAAAGUUUGGAGAAGAAAGUCUCUUGCCGGCUGGCAAGUGUGGAGGAGGGAAAGCAACCACACCUACCAGCUUGGCAGCAACGAACACACCGAGCCCUAAACAAAGGAGCAGGAGAGGGCGAUGCCGGCUUGACCCUGAGUUACCUCAGAAAAAGCAUAAAUGCCACUAUGUGGGCUGUGAAAAGGUUUACGGCAAGUCGUCCCACCUGAAAGCUCACCUAAGGACCCACACAGGUGAGAGGCCUUUUGAAUGCCGCUGGGAAGAAUGCAAUAAGAAAUUUGCCCGCUCUGAUGAGCUGGCGCGGCAUUUUCGCACUCACACAGGAGAGAAGAAGUUCGGCUGUCCUCUCUGCGAGAAGCGCUUCAUGCGCAGCGACCACCUGACAAAGCACGCCCGUCGGCAUGCCAACUUCCACCCGAGCAUGCUCAAGAGGAGGAGCGGAAGCAGCUCCCGGACGGGUUCUGUGAGUGACUACAGCCGUUCGGAUGCCUCCAGCCCCACCACCAGUCCCGCAAGCUCCCCGUAGACCUGCCUGCACUGGAUGCACUUUGCUCUUAUGGUUUUAUAUAUUUUGGAAUUUUUCACCUGCAUUGCACACUGCUUUAAAAAAAAAAAAAAACCUCUCUUGCUUUGUACGCAGUCUCCUCUUUUUGCAAUUCUCAAGCAGAAAAUCUUCAACGUGGCCAAGGAGACAGUGGAACUAAAUGCACCCGUCUCCUCCACCAGCAACUUUCUCUGGGUCAAUAUUUUCGGGGAGGGGGGGCAUUUCCCCUCCCUAAAGCCUUAACAAGAUGCUCCUGUUGGUCGUUUAUAUUUUUAAAGGCUUUUGCUCAGGUGUCAAAGCAAAUUUUGUUGAAAGAGAUUGCAUAACAGGAAUGCCUGUACAGUUCAUUCAACCGGGUUGGAUUUUUCCCCCUCCUCCUCUCACCUUUCUCAGGGAUUCAUAUUUAUGUAACGCAGUAAGUACAAUGAAGACGCACCUGCCUGCAGUCUCACUUGCUAUACCAAUUUGCACUCAAAACAGUUGUGUUGAAUUCCCCCCCCCCCCAAACUGAGAUGGAAAACAGUCCUGGACUUUGUGCUCAUACCAUUUGGUUUCACAGUUGAUACAAAUAUAUUGGGGGGGGGGGGGAACUGGACCUUAUGAGGCAUGCCCCUAUGUUUUCUCAUUCCAUUUUUCUUAAUUGCUGAAUGCCAUUUCGUUCUGAGAUGAUUCCACCACACCAGCUUCCUGUUGCAAAAGAGUUUGUCUACAAAGUUUAAUUUUUAAAAGAAACUUUGGGGUGGGAUGGUAAGUUCUUUUUUAAAAAAUGCCUUAAUCUUUUUUUUUUAAAUAGAGGGGAAUGUAUUUACACUGAAGAACAGUUUAUUUAAAGUACACAAUGGCAGGAUCAUGCUUUCGAGGCAUUACAACUUCCGUGCCUCCUGGAAGUUUGCUUGUGCCAAGCCUUCCUGAAAUGGAGGGGGCAGAAGGCCUUCCCGGAGGACUGCUCCUGUGUCCCUGAGUCUGCACUGCUUGUCUAUGAUGUGACAAACAAAAAGAACAAGGCAUGCAGGGCUUAAUCAACUUGAACUGCUUCUACUUAAAAAAAUAAACAAAACUGGGGAAACUGUA